CAGAAGCUUCUGUGCCUGAUACGAGAUUGCGCUGAGAAAGACGCCCGGUUGUGGAUCCUGAUGAAUGCUGACCGUGUCUUAUCGGAGUUCAGGGCUCAAAUUCGGGCGAUAUCCACGGCCCUCGACGUACUUCCCCUCGAUUCCGUGGGUGCCGACGAGGAGAUGAAGGAGAUGAUCGGGAUGAUCACUCGGCAGUCGUGGAAAGUGGAGGUCAGGAUCGACCGGGAGGAUGACCGGGCAAUCAGAGCCGUACGAUCGAUCCUUGAUCUGUUCGAGAGAGGCGUAAGCCCUGACCCAGCUGAUCUCCGUCGGCUCCUCUCAUACCUGGGCGUAACGGAUUGGGACGACUGCAAUGGGGCGAUCACGUUUAUGGAAGAAGAAAUCUUCGAGCAUUGUGACGACGAGGACAACAAUGGCGAAGCUGGCCUCUUGGGUAGCUUGCUUGGGUUGCUGAUCUAUUGCCGAGCUGUUCUGUUCAACGUCCACGCUAAUGUCAACCCGAAGAAGUGCGGCCGGAGAGAAGAUUGUCAAUUUAAUGACGAACGCAGCUUAAAUUUCCUCAACCCCGACGUCCUCCGGUGCCCGAUCUCUCUUGAUCUGAUGCUCGAUCCCGUGACAAUUUCGACCGGGCAGACCUAUGACCGAGAAUCCAUCCUUCGAUGGUUCAAGGAUGGGCUGGACACCUGUCCGGUGACCGGAGAGAAGCUAAAGCAUACAAAUAGCGUCCCCAAUUCGAGCCUCCAAAAGCUCGUCAGAGACUUCUGCAUCCUCAAGAAGAUCCCCAUCGCCGAGCCAAGCAAGAAGAAGAAGCGCGAUCUGGGGAAGACUCUGCACCCUCAGAGCUUAGCAGCUGUUGAAGCUACAAGAAUGACCGCGGUAUUCCUCGCUGGAAAAUUAUCCGCUGGCUCUGGAGAAGAGAAGAACAGGGCUGCUUACGAGAUCCGAUUGCUUGCAAAAUCGAGCCUCUUCCAUAGAAUUUGCUUAGUAGAAGCAGAUUGUGUCCCGUGGCUCCUACAUCUAGUUUCUUCAUCAGACCCUUCAACACAAGACAAUGUCGUUGCCGCUCUGCUGAACAUCUCCAAACACCCCAGUGGUAGAACAGCCAUCUUUGAGGUCGGCGGUGCGAGUCUCAUUGUCAACGCCAUAACUGAUGGCCUCAAGGUUGAGAUACAGCAAAAUGCGGCUGCAAUUCUCUUUUAUCUCUCUUCUGUCCGGGAGUAUCGG